GUCGGCGCGAAGCCCUCCCGGCGCCCGGGGUGAGGGAGGGAGAGCGCGUCGCGGGCGAGAGGAGGCGGAUGCUCUCAGAGGUACGGCUCCGCCGGAGGGGCUCGGCUCUGGGCUGAGCCGCAGCGGGACGCGGAGUGCCGGGGUGUCCGAGCAGCGAGGGCCGUCCGGGAGCCGGCAGCCGCGGAGCGAGCAGAGAGCGCCGGGAGCGCGGCCGCAAAGGAUCUGCUACAGCGUACCUCUGCAGGAAGACUCCACGAUGAAAAAAACAACCCACAGUUGCUUCUUACUGAUUAUCCUUCUUAUUAGAAUGGUUCCAAGUCUUACUGCUACUGUAAAUUAUACUGAUCCUACAUUAGAGCCUGUAGUAACUGAAAAUUCAGUCAUACGACAGAAGAUAAUAGAUUCGCAGUUCAAAUGCUAUGAGAGGAUGAACAGAGCUCCUCCAUAUAGGAAAAAAGGUCUGUUCUGCAACCGAACUUGGGAUGGCUGGCUGUGCUGGGACGACACGCCUGCUGGCAGAAUCACUGCUCAGAACUGCCCAGAUUAUUUUCCAGACUUCGACCCAACUGAAAGAGCUUCAAAAUACUGCGAUGAAACUGGAAACUGGUUCCGCCAUCCUGAGAGCAACCGAACUUGGUCCAACUACACUCUGUGCAACUCUUUCACCUCUGAAAAAUUGAAGAUGGCGUUCAUACUUUAUUAUAUGGCGAUCGUUGGCCAUGCUUUGUCUAUAACAUCCCUGUUGAUUUCCUUGGCAAUUUUCUUCUAUUUCAAGAGUCUCAGCUGUCAAAGGAUAACGCUGCAUAAGAAUUUGUUUUUUUCUUACGUGCUGAACUCCAUGUUUACCAUUGCCCACCUCAUCAUCGUUGUGCCUAACCCAGGCCUCGUGAAAAGGGAUCCCGUAAGCUGCAAAGUGCUGCAGUUCUUCCACCAGUACAUGCUGGGCUGCAACUACUUCUGGAUGCUGUGUGAAGGCAUUUACCUGCACACGCUGAUUGUGGUGGCUGUCUUUGCGGAGGAGCAGCGCUUGCACUGGUACUACCUCUUGGGCUGGGGGUUCCCUUUAGUGCCAGCAUCUAUUCAUGCAGUUGCAAGAGCCAAAUACUUCAAUGACAACUGCUGGAUGAGUGUUGACACUCACUUGCUUUAUAUUGUUCAUGGACCUGUAAUGGCAGCCUUAUUGGUCAAUUUUUUCUUUUUGCUUAACAUUGUCCGAGUGUUGGUGACAAAGCUAAGAGAUACCCACCGUGCUGAGUCCAACAUGUAUAUGAAAGCUGUCAGAGCCACGUUAAUCCUGGUGCCCUUACUAGGAAUUCAGUUUGUUAUUAUUCCCUGGAGACCAGAAAACCGACUUGCUGGAGAAAUAUAUGAUUACAUCAUGCAUAUAUUAAUGCAUUACCAGGGCUUGCUUGUGGCAACUAUAUUCUGCUUCUUCAAUGGUGAGGUACAAGGGGCUUUGAAGAGACAAUGGACACAGUACAAAACCCAGUGGGGCCAAAGGCGUCGAGAGCACUGCUCCACCCGAUCUACCUCCUACACAGCAACGUCCAUCACAGAGGUCCCUGUCUACCUGUACCAUCAUGACUCCAACAAUGAGCAGCUCAAUGGAAGAUACGUAGACGACUCUGAACUUGUUGCAUUGAAGUCUGGGGAGACAUCAGCCUAGCUGGGCAGCAGCCACUGCAAACACACCAUUUCAUGCCCUGCUUGUGAACAAAGAGAGGAAAAGAGUGGGGAAUCCAAGUGGGAGAGAGCAAGACUGGGUGACUGGAAACAUGGCAUUCAAACCACAUCAGCCUCUGACAGUAAAGGCGCAGGGAAUCUGACACAGGUAGAAAUCGCAGUUUAUGCUUCUGAGCAUGGAUGUGCCUGCCAGGCCAUGUCCUUCCCACACCUCCAGUAUCAAUUGAUGAUCCAGCAGCAGCAGCAGUGCCAGGAGUGCACAGCAAAUGGGAAAGAAGGAACUGGUUCCUAGCAACAAAAAAAAACAUUCCGCACUUUUUGCUGUCAGUACUUUUCUUUAACAGCAGAUUUUGAACUAUCAACUUUCACGUGAUGUAACUCGCUUGCGGUCCUUUAAUUUCCCCAAUUUAAGGAACUUGGUGACUUCUGAAGAGAAUUUGUACACUGUGAGACAAAUCAAGCAGAGGAACAGAAAAACUAAUUCGAAAGUUCUCAUGUCCUGAUGAUCUCCAACAAACACCCCAACAUAUCAUCCCAUUAGCAGGUGCAUAAAACAAAUGAUGGUAAAGUUGUAGUUGUAUAUUGAGAUCUCAGAUACCCUCAGAGAAACCAGCCAGCUCUCUCACAAGUCCUGAAGGUAUCUGAAAAUAAUUUCUUUGCAGCAAUACAGGUAGUUCAAGAGCAUCUAUAGGAAAAAUUGUCAACCAAAUACUCAACCCAGAAACUCAUCAUUAAGGCGCGAUUCUUUCAUUCUGAAUAAACUGUGAAAUUUGUUUCAAAAUUAUUAUUUUCUUUAAUAGCCACUCUGAGCUGAAUGCUAAAUGAGUGGUUUCCUCUAAUAAAGCUAUGACCAUAGCAGUAAAGGAUCCCAGGUGAGAAAUCAGGAACUGAUGUCAUAGCACAGAGAACAUCUGUUUUUACAGUCUGUUUGCUGCUCUGAGUCCCUUACCAUGGAAGGUGACAGUUUCAUGUGUGAGUCUGUCACUAGGAAAACAAGAUGAAUGUGCAGUCUGGGGAGUAAUGAGCACCUUUUAUCACACAUUCAAAGCAUUGUUAGAGUCUCUGUGUGAUCACUGAAGCAGAAAUCAGGUGAGGGAGUGCUGAUUUGCAGUUAGAAGUUAUUAUACUGUCUCUACAAAAGUUUUGCAAAUCACAAAAGGAAGACAGGUGAAUUUCCCACAGAAAGCUAAACAAAAAGAAUCUGCAAGCAGCAAGGACAGUGCCAAGGAAGUUUAGCAAGGCUGUGACUCCUCUAGCAUUUUAUCCAUACAGUGUUCAAUGAAUACAAUACCAUUCCUUCUUGUAUCUUGGGCAAACUCUCCUGCAGAUCUCCCACUCCUUUGCCUUUUGUUUAGACGUGCAUGGGAUGUUUAUUUCAAAGUAUAACAACUUCCAGGUACUCAUCACAAUCUUUAGCUUUGAAAGAAGUUGGAAAGUUAUUGGUACUCCCUUGUUUUCCCUGCUAAUCAUUUAUGUCUGAUGCUUCCAGCCCAGCCCACUCAGGACGAUGUACAUGGUCAUGCAGGAGGCACUUGUGCAUCUCAAGUGUCUGAAUGCCAGCCCUGAGGUAGGUGCUCCAAAAUUGCCACCCUAUAUGGCAGGUGAACAGGACAAGACAGCAUGCCAUCUCUUAAACUGCAGUUGUAUUCAUGUAGGAUUUCUUUCAUUGUUGUAAAAUUUCUUUUUUCCUUCACAUUCUCGCUGUGAUUCAGUCCAUAAUGUUCUUUCUGCUUAGCACUGCCUAGGGUACUUAAAAUAUCACGGGUUAGAACGGUCUCAAUUCCGUAUCUUGUCAGAUGUAGUAAAGGGAGAAAAGCUGCAAUGAAGUGGCUGAGCUCAACGUCAAUUCAUUUGUAGUUUUAGAGGUCUCAGACCUUCCCUCACUGACACAGCUAGACCUUUCAGUCUUCAUCUGCAAAUUUUAAGUGGAGACCUGCUGAAUGUGUCCACCUACGUGAGCUGCACAGAGCCUACCAGGAAUGAAUUUGAGGGGUACGUGCAAGCCAGUGCUGUGACCUGGAACCACAUCCCCACACACACAGGAGGAAAACCAGAGCUUCCUCCUCAACUCUGCAGCCACAGAACAAGAGCUUGGGAACAAGCAGUAUGUGCAGUUCAUCACAAGGUUGACCUAAUGGAACAGCUGCAAGAAAAUACAGCCCUGCAUAUUCAUUCAAGCCACACUUAUUCUUCAGACUUGAGGAACACAAAGGCAAUUAUUUUUUCAAGCAGUAUUCCACGUAUUGCUGUUUCUGCUUAUACCAGUGGACAGUGGGAAGCAGAGAAUGUAGUCACAAAGUGGCUCUGCUGUGAAUGCUGUGCUCCUGAGUGGUUUGAGGCACACCGUGUUUCCCAGGAGAGCUCCAGAAGGCAAUGUUAGUGUCUGAAGGCACAGAUGAGCUGAUGGUGAAAGAAGUGUAUAUAACACAGAGAGUUUAAUAAUGACCGUGUACACAAAAGUAUGAGCUGCUUUACAGUCUGUUGUUCAUGUGGAUGUACAAAAUUGAAAUGCUUUUCCAUUAUACUGGUUGGGUUGUUUUCUUCAUUUACCAGUCAUUUUUUCUUGCUCUGUUCAGUAGAAUGCUCUGAAAUGCCAAAUUUAGGAUCUGGGUUUUAAGAUCUGCUUUGUAGUCUCAGGGGGUGGACACACUGUAUGGGUAUGUCGGUCUGUGUGGCAGCACUGGUUUCAGUGGGACGACACUGACUUACAGCCACUGAAGAUUCGGUGUUCCACCCACGCUGAGUUUCUUGUUGGGAUCACUUUGGGGUUUGCACUAAGGGCUGAUGAGUGUUAAAGGUACUCAGUUCGUAAUUUCAAAUCCAAACUAUUUUUUUCCCAAUGAAAACGCUAUCUUUCUUCAUCUCAGAAAUAGCCUGGGAUGUCGUUGUUGCACACGUAAGGUGAAUCUCAAUUCCUGCUUUAGAAAAAGCACCAUACACUAAUGAUGAUAAUAUUGGGAGCGCUGGUAUGACCUGAAUAAUUACAGCAUCUUGGCAGUAGGGAGUCCUGUUAUGUAAGUUAUGUAUUAAUGUAUCAGAAAUUUGGAAGGGAGCAGUGAUUGGAUCAGUGGAUUUGAGGUAUAUUUUCAGAGGAAAGCAGCUUUACGCUGGGCAACACUGCUGUGUCUGUUUUCUCUCUGAUACUGCACCCAAGACUUGAAAACUCAGUUGAAUGAACAUUUGCUCUGGAAGAAAGGUUUGUGCAGUUGCUCUGUUUGAACAACUGAAUCUAUCAGAAAGAUGCUGCUUGUUCUUUAUUAUGUACAGAAACAGCACGAAGGAAAGGCGUUGGGGGUACUAAAAGUGAGCCUUGGUGGUUUUUUCUACUUCGAUUUGCUUAACAAAUAUGUUUCAGCUGAAAUAAAAGAGCAACAAAGGCAGGACAGUUUUCUGUAUAUAAAUCUGAGAGCAUUUCCACUGUGAAGUGCUGACGUAUUUAUAACUUAGCACCAUAACUUUGUUUUGGGUUGAAACUACCCACACCAAGCAGGUGAAUUUCAUCCUCUUCUCCCAAAUCCUCCUCCAUCCUUUGCCAGCCUUAACAUACCAAAUCGGAGCCAUUUUUCAAAGAUGCAACUCCUAAACACUAACAGCAUGGAGGCCUCUGCAGUUCCAGUGCUUUGAAUUUUAAGAGUCAGAUGUGCCCUCUUGAAGCUACAUAUGCAUAGUUAUUCAAUUACUGCUCAAAAAUAGAAGUGUUUAUAACCUCAAACUCAUUUGCACUGAAGCAGUGUGAUCCCAGGCCAGCGAGUCUGUGUAGCAUGAGCAUCACUGCUCGUGGCCGUAUUGUUUGGACCAGUCUUAGCUACAUGAAAGAAGUGGGAGAUUUUGCAGCUAAUGGUAGCAGCAAGCAGAAUUAUGUGUUCCUAGGGCCGUUGUGCUUGCUGCAUGAGCACCCUCUUCAGAGGGACUUGGCAUGAGGAAGGCAUGAGUCCUAAAAAGCAGUCAUUGAGCAGCAGUGAAGGAGUGUCAGACCUCCAGUUAAAGGAGCCCAUCACCUCAGGAGAAAGCACACAGUCAGCCCCGUAGGCAACAACCCAGUGAAAUUCACACCCCAGGCACACCUGAGACUUAGGAAAGUGCCAGAGUUAUGGUGCUCUGACAACUCCUGCUUUUGGCACCUGUGGUAAUUAUAGUGUCUCUAAGGGUUUUAUUCCAAAGUAUCGUUUUUGUGAGCUGCAAGUCCUUCUGUGCAGCACAGUAUUUUGGAGGCACUUCUGGACAAUUUACAAACUUGUACUGAAGCACCCCUUGAGCACUCAGUGCAUCAUCGAGAGAAAAAAAAGAAGUCUCUCUCAGAGUUUCCAAUAUAGAUCACUAUGUUCCUCUCAGCUCAGUUCCUCUCAGGAUGGCUGCUCUAUCCAGUAAAACUGAAUGGCAUGAACAUUCUCAUUGCUCAGCACGACACAGUGCUUCAGAAAAGAGAUCACUGCAGUAAGAUUACUAACUGGGGUGCUGUAUGAGACUGUCUGAAACACAGAUAGGUAUAGAUAGUGCAGAGAUGAUGCAGGCAGAGGGACUGUGCGGGUGGCCUGGCAGCCUUCUGUCCAGACUGAUUUUCUUUGAUUUCUUACCAGCAGAGGUGUGCACUGAGCUCUUACUGGGGCAUGAAGGUGCUCAGCUCACAUUAUAUGCCAAGAUUUUCUUCAUAAUCCAAUUUCUGGAUCUCACAAACCUAUCUUUAAAAGGAAAAAAAAAUCUAAAGAGAUACCUACACUGCUUUUAAGAAUCUGGCUCCUUUCCUCUCAUUGUGAGUAAAUUAGGCUUUGAGCUGUGAAGGAUGGAGGUUGCUUCAUGUGAUGCUGACAUGCAGCCCCUGCAGUGCUGGAGAUCCACUGCUGGAGAUCUUAGUUUGCAUAAAUGCAUUCAAGGGGAUACAGCUCUUUCCCUCAACUGCAUUUCUCUCCAGCACCACAAAGUGUUAAACCUCCAAUCUGUGCGUCCCAAGGAUGAGCAUUUCUCUGUGAAGUUUGCACCUGACGUUGACCUGCUGCUGAUUCAGAAUGUCAGACUGAAAGGGGUGUGUUUUAAUCCAAACUUGCUCCUACAAUUCAGAUGCUUAUCCCAUGUUGGUUUUUUUAUUUAAAACAAAACAGAGACAGCUUUCCCAGCAAUAUGACUGCUUUCCCACAGGAAACCUCCCUAGUGGCACCAGCAUAAGACUCACUGUUGUGAAGACUGACCUGAGAUCAGUAUCACUGGCAUGGAAGAUGUCCUGUUUCACUGUGUGCUGAGUAAUGCAACAGAAGUUCUCACUGACUUCAGCAGUGUAGCUGAGGAUAAGCUUUCUCCCUUUUUGAUUUUAGAGGUUGUCUAAAUAUCUAGCAAACAUUGACAACAUAGCGAAGAGCAGUCUUGCCUUCAUAUUUAACACAAGAGAUCCCAAUCCAUCAGCAUUAUGCUGCGUAUACACUGACUGAGGUAAAAAAGCACUAUAUUUCUGUAUUUUUGAUAGUGAAAUAUCUCAUCUCUAUUUGCUCCAUGUUUAUAUGCUAAAUAUAUUUGACAGACUGCACAAGUUACAUGACUAUUAGUGUAUGUUUUUCAGCAUUACAGUUACAAACAGUUGUUUUGCAUCAAAAUAACAAAUGGCAGCUUCUGGAAGAUCCAAAUAAAAAGAACAAAAAAGAGGCCCUCCCCAGUCCAUGCUGGCCACAUAGAAAACCUUGUGAGGUGAAGCCCCUUAUAGCCCACUCUCCUCCUUUGCCUCCUGGAGAUGUCUUUGGUUCUUAGCACACAAGGGCAGCGUACCUCAGUGCAGAUGGAGGCACCAGGGUUCUGCACUGAGAGGUGCCCCUCGGACCUCAGAGAGUGGUGACACACUGGAACAGGUUGCCCAAGGAGGUUGUGGAUGUCCCAUCCCUGGAGGCAUUCAAGGCCAGGCUGGAUGUGGCUCUGAGCAGCCUGGUCUGGUGGUUGGUGACCCUGCGCAUAGCAGGGGAGUUGAAACUCGAUGAUCAUUAUGGUCCUUUUUAACCCAGGGCAUUCUAUGGUUCUGUGAUUUUAUGACACAGCAGGUGUGGGAGGAGAUGUGUGGCUCUUCCUAUAUGCAUGGAGAUGAGCUUCCUCCCAUGUGUGUGUUUUUAAUGAGGGAGCCUGAAUAAGUGAGGGAACCCAAAUUCUGCCCCUUUUAGACUGUGUGGGCUGGCUGAGCAAGUUGAGGUCAAUAAAUGAGCAGGAAAUAGCUGAAGAAAAGAUUUUGCUCAUUGAAUUCUGUCGCAUUACAAGCAUUUUUAUUUUACGAUCUCUUUUAUUGCCUUUGGAUGUAUGGCAAGUACGUAUCUCCCAAGGACUCGGCCGCCGUGCUCACAGCGGGCUCUGCAGCCACCGAGGGGAGGUGCCCCUGGCAGAGCCUGCAGCUUUCAACUGGCGGCAACCCCAAGCAGUCAUGGGAGCCACGGUAUGAGUAUGUCCAUACAAAACAAUCCAUGCUCUAGGUGCAACCCAUACUGUGGCCUUCACUCUUCCAAAGGAUAGGUUGCAAGGAUUUUUCAUCUUCUUCCCCUGUUGUACAAUUUCCCUGAUGAAAGACUCCUUGGGGAGUUAGGAAGGAUGUGAAGGAUGGCGGGUCGCUCCAGGCUGCCAUCACACAGCCACAGGGAACUGUUUGUCAUGACUUGUCAGGUUUGGGAAUAUGCCAGAAAAAAAUGACUGCAUUUCCCCUUGCUAGCUAAAGCAGUUAUUUGGUAUCAGUUCCUCUUUAUACAAGGAUAUUGUGAAGCAAGGUCGCUGUUCUUCAUGCACAAAGCCCAUUUACAUUACAGAAAUACAAAAAUCCUUGGGUGAAGAAGAGUGCAUCACUUGCUAGCAAUGCACUUCAGCAGAACAAAUGAAGUUUUAUUCUUAGCACUAAAUCAGCAAUAGGCCUUCAGGAAUCAAAACAUAUAAAACCUGGAUAUAUCUUAAGAGAUUCCCUGUGUAUAUGAAAUUUUUCUGUUUUCUAUUUUUUUUUUUUUUAAGAUUUUUAAAUCUAGAUUAGAUAUCAUUGUGACAGGAAAGUUUUGUGCUUUCAGCUUUUAUUGGCUCAUGCUCGAAAUGCAUGGUUCACAAAACUGAAUAGGCUUGAACAAGUAGUGAGAAUUCCCAUGUUGGCAAAGCUGAGUCUAAAAGCCACAAGCUCAUUCUACAUGACUGAUAUGAAUGAAAACAUAAUUCUGAUUGAAUUAUGCCUUUGUUUUUAUAUACAUCAGGAAGUUCACACCUACUGUCAUUCAUACCAUCCAUAAGCUAUUUGUGAUUGUAAGCCAAUCGUUCUGCUGCGUUGUGUGCUGUACAUAAGCUGACCCUGCCUGUAAAUAAUCCUCCAUAUGUAGAAAACCUUCUUAUGAAGAAAUAUUGCCUGAAGAUGUGAGUGAAAUCUCAGACUUGUGGAAAUCAGCAGCAACAGCUCCUUCAGUUCUGUGGAAACCCAGAUAUCACCCUCUCCAGCCUGUUUUUUCACAGAUAAUGGCUAUGGUUGGAUUGGAGAGUUGCUGGUGGGGCUGUGCUGAGCUGAGUGUCACCUCUUCUCUUUUGGUCCACUUUGUGUUGUACCAGAGUGUUUGAUUUGUAGUUUCUUUGAUGUAGAGCUGAGCAUUCGGGAUAUUUUGGCUUUGUGAGAGGCUUCUAUUUUUUCAAUAAAAGUCAGACUAAUUUUAAAGCUGGCGGUAUGUCUUUCCCUCUUAACACCCCAGCAA